AAUAAAAAAAAAUUCGGCUUGUUUUGAUGUAGUGUUGGUAAUUUGCCGUGCUUAGUGGUAACAAUGUCCGGACGUGGUAAAGGCGGGAAGGGUCUUGGUAAAGGUGGCGCUAAGCGCCACCGCAAGGUCUUGCGCGACAACAUCCAGGGCAUCACCAAGCCCGCCAUCCGGCGUCUGGCCCGGCGUGGCGGCGUCAAGCGCAUCUCCGGCCUCAUCUACGAGGAGACCCGCGGGGUGCUCAAGGUCUUCCUGGAAAACGUGAUCCGGGACGCGGUCACCUACACCGAGCACGCCAAGCGCAAGACAGUCACCGCCAUGGAUGUUGUUUACGCGCUCAAGCGCCAGGGGCGCACUCUUCACUUUCCUCUAAUCCUAGUGCUUUUCAGACAAGCCAUGGCGCGUACUAAGCAAACGGCUCGUAAGUCCACCGGCGGUAAGGCCCCGCGCAAGCAGCUGGCCACCAAGGCGGCUCGCAAGAGCGCGCCGGCCACGGGGGGCGUGAAGAAGCCCCAUCGCUACCGGCCCGGCACGGUGGCCCUGCGCGAGAUCCGCCGCUACCAGAAGUCCACCGAGCUGCUGAUCCGCAAGCUGCCCUUCCAGCGCCUGGUGCGCGAGAUCGCGCAGGACUUCAAGACCGACCUGCGCUUCCAGAGCUCGGCCGUGAUGGCGCUGCAGGAGGCGUGCGAGGCCUACCUGGUGGGGCUCUUUGAGGACACCAAUCUCUGCAUUGUUUUCAUCAUGUCUGGCCGUGGCAAAGGAGGAAAGGGUCUGGGAAAGGGCGGUGCUAAGCGCCAUCGCAAGGUGUUGCGCGACAACAUCCAGGGCAUCACCAAGCCCGCCAUCCGGCGUCUGGCCCGGCGUGGGGGUGUCAAGCGCAUCUCCGGUCUCAUCUACGAGGAGACCCGCGGGGUGCUCAAGGUCUUUCUGGAGAACGUCAUCCGGGACGCGGUCACCUACACCGAGCACGCCAAGCGCAAGACGGUCACCGCCAUGGACGUGGUCUACGCGCUCAAGCGCCAGGGGCGCACCCUCUACGGCUUCGGCGGCUAAGCCUCACCGCAGUCCCCAGGUGCCAAGCAGUAAGACAGACCCUGCUGCCAGAUACUGAAGAUCAUUGAACUACAGACUGCCCCCAACUUACCAUAGUUCUACUUACGAUUUUUCAACUUUACGAUGGUGUGAAAGCAACACAUAUUCAGUGGAAACCAUGCUUCAAAUUUUGAUCUUUUCCGCAGUUAGCAAUAUGCCAUAUGAUACUCUCUUGUGAUUCUGGGCAGUGGCAUUGGAGCCGCAGCUCCCAAUCAGCCACAUGAUCAUGAGAGUAAACAGCCAAUACACUUACAGUCAUUCUGUACCUACACAGCCAUUCUGUUCUUGACUGUCAGUACACUAUUCAGUAAAUGAGAUAUUCAACAUUUUAUUAUCAAAUAGUCUUUAUGUUAGAUGACUUUGCCCAACCGUAGACUAAUGUAAGUGUUCUGAGCACAUUUAAGGCAGGCUAGGCUAAGCUAUGAUGUUCGGUAGGUUAGGUGUACUAGAUGCAUUUUCAAAUCAAGAUAUUUUCAAUUUAUGAUAGGUUUAUCUGGAUGUAACCCCAUCACAAGCACAGGAAGAUCGGUAUAAUGGAUAAAAUAGUAUGUUGGUAAAGGUCCAGACAAUGAAGUAGAGUAUAGUAGAGAACCCAGAAACCAGCCCGCACACAUGGAAACACUUAGUGUAAGAUAAAGAUGGCGUAAUAGACCUGCAAGAGGAACAUGAUGUCUUCCAUAAAUGAUGCGCGGAUAGUUGGACAUCCACAUGAAAAAACAAGUGAAAUUAAAACCUACACCAAGAAUAUUAAACACUGAAAUGUGAAAGGUCAAAAGAAGCUUUUAGAAAAUAAUAUAAAUAAAUAUAUCAUCAUGACCUUG